AUGGCGACUAAGGUGGACGGGGUUCCGGGCCCACGGAACAAUGGCCACGAGAUGGCGCCCCUCAACACGAGGGCCCGCGGCGAUGGCACGCACGGCGUCACGAUCAUGCUGUCGCCGCCGGACCGCAGCUCGAUCGGAUCGCGCGACGGAGCCGGCGCCCUGCCCGACGGUGACCCCGACCGUGCCGCCUGGUCCGGCAAGAUGCAGUUCUUCCUCAGUAUUAUCGGCUACUCGGUCGGGCUCGGCAACAUCUGGCGGUUUCCGUACCUGUGUCAGCAAAAUGGUGGAGGUGCCUUCCUGAUACCGUUCAUGAUUAUGUUGAUUCUGGAGGGCAUUCCACUGUUCCUGAUCGAGCUGGGGAUGGGCCAGCGGAUGCGGCUGGGUGCGCUCGGUGUGUGGAACACCAUCCAUCCCUGGCUCGGUGGCAUCGGUAUCAGCUCGUGCAUCGUGACACUGUUCGUGGCGAUCUACUACAACGUGAUCAUCACCUGGUGUUUCUACUACUUCUUCAACAGCUUCCGGUAUCCACUGCCUUGGGGAACGUGCCCGCAGCUGAACGGGACCGAGGUCGAGGAGUGCGAGCGGUCGUCCGAGACCGCCUACUUCUGGUACCGCACGACGCUCGAUGCGGCCCCGAGCAUAGACGAAACCGGGGGCUUCAAGUGGUGGAUCGUGCUCUGCCUGAUGCUCUCCUGGACCGUGGUGUUCUUCAUCGUGAUGAAGGGUAUCCAGAGCUCGGGCAAAGUAGUGUACUUCACCUCGCUGUUUCCGUACAUCGUGCUGACGAUCUUCUUCAUCCGUGGUAUCACCCUCAAAGGAGCGGGCGCAGGACUGAUGCACAUGUACACGCCGAAGGUGGAGAAGCUCCUCGAACCGACCGUGUGGCUCGAUGCGGCCACGCAGGUGUUUUACUCGUUCGGUCUUGCGUUCGGCUCGCUGAUCGCCUUCGGCAGCUACAAUACGCCCAAGAACAAUUGCGUCCGGGACGUGCUGCUCGUGUCGGUCUGUAACGCCGUCACCGCGAUCUACGCGAGCGUCGUGAUCUUUGCCAUUCUAGGCUACAAAGCAACGCUGGGCGUUGAUAGGUGUAUUCAAGUCAAUAAGCAUAUUCUGGUGAAGCAUGGUCUUCUGGAGUCGGUGCACGCGGAGAACACCGAGUACGAACACGUGAUGGCCGGCCUGAACAGCACGAUGCUGAAGGACUGGGAGUUCGAAAAGUGCAGCCUAGAUGAUCAACUGUCCAGUGCCGCCGAAGGAACGGGCUUGGCGUUUAUCGUGUUCACUGAAGCGAUCGUCGAGCUGCCGGGGUCCCCCUUCUGGGCCGUGCUCUUCUUCACCAUGCUACUCUCGCUCGGGCUGGGCUCACAGAUCGGCAUCCUGGAGGGGAUGCUCUGUACGAUCUUCGAUAUUGACAUCUUCAAAAGAAUCAGAAAACCCUACGUCACCGGUGUCGUUUGUGCGUUCUGUUUCACCGUUGGACUGAUAUUUACGACCGGGGCCGGCGAGUACUGGCUCAAGAUGUUUGACUCCUUCGCCGGCACCAUCGGUCUGGUGGUGGUGGCCCUCAUGGAGAUGAUAGCCGUUAUCUACAUUUACGGUCACGAAAAGUUCACCGAAGACAUUUAUCAAAUGACCGGAAUCCGGCCCGGUAUCUACUGGCAAAUGACCUGGCGAUACAUUGGCCCGGCCAUCAUGUGCUGCAUCCUGCUGUCAUCCAUCCUCUCGAUGAUACUACGGAAUCCAUCGUACGGUGCCUGGAACGGGGAACUGGGUAUCGUUGAAAGCAAAGCGUACCCGGACUGGGUCAUGGGUAUCGCCCUGGCGAUGAUCGUCGCGGGUGUCCUGCCGAUGCCCGUGGUGUUCCUACUGAGACGCUUCCAGAUACUGAAGGUCGAUCUCGACAUUCACCAAGGCUCGAUCCGGCGAAACGAGACCACCGCAUCGACGAAGGAAAUGAUCGACGAAGACGACGAUGAUGAUGAUGAUGACGAUUUUAGUGGACCCGCACUGGGCGGGCCCGUGAACGUGCGGAGCGAUUCGGACGACGAAGACGAACCACCGACGAUGGGCAAGAUGCUGGCCAAACAGUCCGCCAACAGUACGGCAUCCUCGCAGGCAAAGCAGCAGCAACAGCAGCUACAGUUCAAAAACCAGUCGCAUCUAACGCCGAACGUGCUCGGUGCCACGGCGCGGAAGAAACCGUUCCGAAUGGAGGUGGUCGACUUCUAGGACCUCUGCUAGGGCCAGGACCCCCCCGCCCCUAGACUAGGACUGUCUGCCGCCGUCGGCAAGCUUCUCUGUGUGUACCAUUUUCCGUUCUUGUUUCGGCCUGUCGAAAGCUCUAAGCAAUCCUUCCUCGCCCGCAACCUCGUUUAGUUGAUUUAGAGCCUGGUGGACCGACGCAGUCGGUGCCCUUGGAUUUCACUUGACGGUCGCAGCGCAGCCCAGCUGCCGCUCGUGGCCGGUGUUGGAGAGCCGAUGUUACGUGUAAAUAAUGAUGUAUAGCACAUAAUAAGCAGAAGAUGCUGAAAAUCAAUCUAAUCGUAAACCAACCCCCAUGAUAUAGGGAUAAGAAGUCCAGUCCUGCAGGAGGACUGCUCUGCUGCUACGGAGAAGAUAUUUCCACUCACCACCACCACCUUCGCUGUGUGAUACCGUUACCGACAGUCCCACUAACUGUGGCCCGGGUGCUGGGGAUUGAGUUUGGCCGUGGGCCGAGAGGUAGUAGUGAUUUGUUGGCCACAAAGUUUGCCAGUUACCUGCUGUAGGUGUGUACUUGCGCCCGUUGUAAAAAUUGUGUACCGUUUCAGCCUCGCCGGAGGCUCCAUAUAGCUUCAGUCUAGACAGAGUAACGAUGCGUUUGGUUGCGCUAGGGCGGCGUUCACUAGAAACCCAAUCAUCGCUCCCCUCCGUAGGAGGCGCUUAGAGGACAAACUGCUGGGUGAGCGGCAGAACCUGGGGGAGCCCCCACUUUUAUGGAGACCGAAGGGAGCGAGCGAGUUGUAAUGUUUUACUAACGUUCGCUAUCCAGCCCGUUAGGCGAGUAUUUGCUUACAAGAAGUCUGCGCAAGUGCUAGGCACGAGUACAAUAACCACCAGCAGUAGUUUAGGAGCGUCGUCCAAGUAUUUAUAUACGCCCAGGAUCGAGUUCCAGAGCCGGGCGGGAGGAAGUUUGUUGUAAAACUCUCAGAAAGACACCACCCAGACGCAACUCAACAGUGACACAGCCGGCAACUCAGUACCGCGUAACGGUUAUUAGUUAAGGACGUGAGACAUAUGUAAGAUAUUAAUGGAUGGCGAUCCAAAACGGGGGAGGGACACGAUUUCGCCUGGGUGGCAGCAGUGUGGAGGUACGCGAAUGACUGUGGUAUGAUGGGGCAGCGGUCAACUCGCCGCGUGUGAUGUUCGUGGAACCGUAGAUUCUUCCUCUCGUCACGUAACGUUUGUGUUCUGUGAAUAAUCGAACUAAAUUAAAUCACUGCGCGGACAUGAUGAACACUAAACUGAGUAACUCUCGAGCCAUAAUCUGUUUGCCAUCACUUCCGGCGAUCACGCUCCCCUACAGGGUCGUUUGAGUCGGGCCAGCAUAGGACAUUAUUUUUGAACUGACAAAAAAGGAAUUAUUGG